CGUUCAGCAUUGAUUGAACUUUAAGGCUGGAGACUGCAGAAUAACCAUGCGUUUCUCUAACUUGCUCUUUAUUUGUAUUGUGACAUUUGGAUCAUCUGAAUUCUGCUCCGCAGGACCUCUACACGCACAGUGCAAAGUCGAGUGGUAUUUCAGUCUCCCUUGCAGAAAUGUGUAUGAAGCUCUGGUCACACAGAUUAAAAAGUGGAGGACAGUCUCGACAUGUGCCAUGGGAGGAGAGAAGUGUCUCUACAAGUUGCAGUCUGCAUCUGCGCACUUCAUAUCAGCCAAACACACAACGCCAGUGAAAAAAUAUGUUGAUGACAUCAACUUCAGACUCGUCUCCUAUGGAUUCUUUACACAUUGCCAAGUGUCUGCCAUGUCAGUGUCAGAGACCUGGUAUGUUGUCACAGACCACGGCACCAACUAUUGUAACCUCUACAACUUAAUGGAAGGCAGCGGUCUUACUGAAGCUCCAGGAUAUAAAGAGAUCACCAGUGACUUCAUGUGCACUCAACGGUCAUCUGCUAACUGUACUGUCUACUAGCACUGACACAUGUUCAUACUACAUUAUCCUCUCAUGGGAACCCCUAAAUGUUCUGUAUGUGAAUGUGAAACGCUGACAGAAGCUUCUUUAUAGAACGUUCUAGGAGUGUAUUCAUGUUUAUUAGAUUUUAGGCCAUUUGUAAUCUCUCUUUUUUUUUGUAAAUAAACUUUUAACCAACAUAUA